UGUCAUUCGCGGCCGGCAGACGUUCGCCACUGUCCGCCGUCGUCCGAACGCGUUUCGCGCGGACACCGUUUCAGAGCGACUUCUUUUUUUUUUUGUGAUUUCGGCGCGCGUUUUUUUUUCGGUGACAAAAAAAAAAAAAAAUUUGGUCAAUCCGAUAAUCGUACUUACGUUGCGCGCGUACAUUUGUAUUAUACAACAGCUAUUGCUGUUUUGUGAUAAUUAACAUUGUUAUCGUAGUAAUAAUAACAAUAGCGAUAAGACUACAGCUGCUGUAGACCGGUCGAAUGUGCGGUCCGAAAUGACGGUGGUAGCCGCCGCCGCGGUCAUCGACGGUGCAGCGACAACAACCGGCGGCUGCUGCAGUUACUACCGGCAAAGGUCUACGUUGGUCCGCACCAGGUAGAUUUGUUGGUGGCUGAACUCGUCAACGGGUCAUGUUUUGGCUGGUCGUAUUGGUGUGCUUGCAGUUGGCCACGGAUGGACGGACAGAUGAAUUUGUUCUUGGUUAUUUGACUGGCUCCAGAAGACGUCCGGGUGACAUCACGUACUCGAAGCCUGGUCGCAUGAUAAGUGGAGCGAUAUCGUUAGCAACAGAAGAGAUAAACGCAGGCAUAUUUAAAGAUAAAGGUCAUUCUUUACGAUUUCUAGUGUCCGAAACUUAUGGUGAAGAAACAACUAGCAUUUUCGAAACUGCGGAAUUGUGGAAGAAAAACAUAUCAGCUUUUAUUGGACCUCAGGAAACGUGCACACAUGAAGCAAGAAUGGCGGCUGCUUUCAAUUUACCUAUGAUUUCCUAUUAUUGCAUGGACUCGGACACUUCGGACAAGACCCUGUACCCGACGUUUGCUCGGACCCGACCGCCUGACAACCAAAUUUCGAAAUCGGUGGCUGCGGUACUCAAGGCGUUCAACUGGACUCAGGUGACAUUUUUUUACUCAAACGCCGAAGACACACAUUUCGGCAAAAUCGCAGCCACCAUCGCCGAUGUGUUUGCCCAAGCCGGCAUACAGAUUACAGCCAAAAAAACUUGGAACACUCAUUACCUACACGGUUAUACGGCCAACCCGUUUGUCAAGAUGGUCGCAGAUACUUACAUGGACACCAGAAUUUACGUUGUGUUGGGCAACUACUACGAUCACACGGGUCUCGUAGUGGCCAUGGACGAAAUGGAUCUGUUCAAAAACGGUGAAUACUAUGUGGUCGGUGUUGACGUGGAACAAUACGACGUGGACAGCCCGGGAAAAUACUUGACCGGCAUUCUAUCAGAAGAUCCGGAUCCGGUUCUUGAAAAAGCCUUCCGGUCGUUUUUUAGCAUCGUACCCACGCCGCCUAGGGGUUUCAAAAACUUCUCCGUUAAAGUAAACGAGUACAUGGAAAAACCGCCGUUCCAGUUUCCCAAUCCAUUGCAACAGUUUGGCGGCGUUAAACAGAUAUCCGCCGAAGCCGCAUAUUUGUACGACGCUGUCCAUUUAUAUGCGAGAUGCGUGCUGGAGACAAUCGAGGGUGACGAAGAUCCCAGAAACGGUACGGCCAUUAUGGCAAAAUUCAGAGGUUCACAUUACAAAAGCGCAAUGGGUUAUGAAGUGCACAUGGACGAGAAUGGCGACGCUGAAGGCAAUUACACUUUGCUGUCCAGGCAACGGCAUCCCGUUUCCCCUGGGGUGUUCGGGCUAUUUCCAGCAGGAGCAUUUACCCGACAUCGGAACCUGACCAAAAUCCCAGAACUCAGGUUGACCGUGCCGACGGAAUGGAUUGGCGGCAAACCGCCGGUGGCCGAGCCCGUUUGCGGGUAUCGGGGAGAAAAAUGCAUAUCACACACGGCAGAGAUAUUGUCGAUCGUGGCCGGAACGUUGCUGUUGGUGUUGGCCGUCGUGUCGCUGGUUUUCUACAGGAAUUGGAAGUACGAACAGGAGCUGGACAGUCUUCUGUGGAAGGUCGACUACAAAGACAUAGAGAUCAACGACACGGAAAACAGCAACACUUCGUCGAAGAUAUCCAGGGCUCUACAUCCGCUGAUUAGGACCAGCCAAGUGUCUUUGAGCUCCAACCCAGACGCUGAUUUUCGUUAUUCGUCAAUAUUUACUACCGUCGGUAUUUACAAAGGUCGAGUGUUUGCGAUAAAGAAAAUUAAAAAGAAGUCCAUAGACAUUACAAGGGCUAUGAAAAAAGAACUCAAAGUAAUGCGUGAUUUAAGGCAUGAUAACCUGAACGGAUUCAUUGGCGCUUGUACAGAUCCGCCGAACAUAUGCAUAGUGACCGAAUAUUGCAAUAGAGGUAGUUUGAAGGAUAUCUUAGAAAACGACGACGUGAAACUGGACAACAUGUUCAUCGCUUCGCUGGUCGCCGACAUUAUCCGCGGCAUGCUGUAUUUGCACGAUUCGGCGCUGAGGUACCACGGCAACUUGAAGGCGUCCAACUGCUUGGUAGACUCAAGAUGGGUCCUGAAGCUCACCGACUUUGGGCUUCAAGAAUUCAAAAAGGAAUCUGAAGAUUUUCCACAUCAUUUCCUUCAACACGAUUUCCGUCUCCAAAAAGACGACGAAAUCGACUGCAAGUGCGAAGGUCUGCUGUACAUCGCACCAGAGCUCUUACGUUGCUACAACUCGUCAAUACAAAAUUCGUUCGGCACACAAAAAGGAGACGUGUAUUCGUUUUCUAUAAUCUUAUACGAACUCCAUAGCCGCAAAGGUCCGUUUGGGGAAAAUCACGGACUCGGAGUGUCGGAUAUUCUGAGGAAACUUAUUUACUAUCAACAAGAAGAACCUGGAUCGAAACCUUUUAGACCCCCUUUGGAAAUGCUUGAAAACAACUUCGAUUUCGUCAGAGACUGUUUGGAGGAUUGCUGGGCUGAAAAUCCAGACGACCGUCCAGAUUUCAAGGCCAUUCGAGUGAAACUCAGACCAAUGCGAAAAGGAAUGAGACCAAAUAUUUUCGACAACAUGAUGGCAAUGAUGGAAAAGUACGCAAACAAUUUGGAGGUACUGGUCGACGAACGAACCGACCAACUGGUAGAAGAAAAAAAGAAAACUGACGCUCUGCUGUACGAAAUGUUGCCAAAGUACGUGGCCGAACAGUUGAAGAGAGGCCACAAAGUGCAAGCGGAAAAUUUCGACUGCGUUACCAUUUACUUCAGCGACAUUGUCGGUUUCACUUCGAUGUCGGCCGAAAGCACUCCCUUUCAAGUUGUCGAUUUUUUGAACGACCUGUACACGUGCUUCGAUUCGAUAAUAGAGAACUACGACGUAUACAAGGUGGAGACCAUCGGAGACGCUUACAUGGUGGUCAGCGGUCUACCGAUUAAGAACGGCGACAUGCACGCCGCCGAAAUAGCAACCAUGUCGCUUCAUCUGCUGGAAGCCGUCAAGAGAUUCCAAAUAAGACACAGGCCGUACGACAGUCUCAGACUGAGAAUCGGAAUACACUCUGGGCCUGUAUGUGCUGGAGUUGUAGGAUUAAAAAUGCCAAGAUACUGUUUAUUCGGCGAUACAGUGAAUACGGCUAGUCGGAUGGAAUCCACAGGAUCGGCACUGAAGAUCCACUGUUCGAACGAAUGUCGAACGCUCUUGGAGAGACUCGGCGGUUAUCAGACUAACGAACGAGGGUUGGUCGAGAUGAAAGGCAAAGGCAACGUGCGGACCUAUUGGCUGGUGGGCGAAGAUCAUCUGUACCGGCUGAAGAGGGACGAGGACAGGGCUCGGCGAAAGGAGCAAUACGGCGGCGGGGGCGGCAAAAACCGCAAGACGUCCAAACACCAGAAAAACAUCAAGGAAGGAGGUCCGAGGAGCUCGUUGAAGGUGCCCAAGAGCACCAUGAACGGCCCGUUGUCGAGGUGUUGCAGUCUGGAGUCGCCCAAGAAGUUGAGGUUCGCCAUGCAUCACGACGACGGUACCCCUGUCAGGAGACGGCCUUCCGGUGUUGCCGAGGAAGACGAGUACUGUUGCGACCGGCAUUUAAGCGUAUCGUGUCCUUGCAUAGAUCAGUUCGACGAUCAAGGCGUAUCGCCGGGUCAGAUUUCGGGGACCAGGGCUGCCGAAAGCGUUCAAGGAGUUAAACGUUCCCCCACAGUGGCUAACACCCUUCAGACUCCGGUCAGGCUCCCCGGAUUCCCCAGGGUGAACUCUGCUCCUGUGUCGCCCAUGAUGGCUGACUGCGAAGAGAUGACUGCCGUAUCCAUGUGCAACAUGGAAGACGUUAACGAACCGCUGAUCCAGGAUUCGGACCGGGACGAACCCAUAACGUUUGUGUAACCCCCCAAAAAAAUAUGUUGAAGUAUUAGAUUCGAUAUCUCGGGACAGGACGAUUGCAGGGCAAGAACCGGGAGACACGAGAGAGAGAGAGAGAGUAAAAAAAAGCGAAUACCCGUUUACGCAGUUGCUUAUGUGUGUAUGCUAAGCGAAAGCUAGUUGAUUUGAUUCGUUAUGGUUAAAAUGCAAACAAUGAUUUUUUACCACGCCUAUAGAUUCCAUACGUUUUAUUGUAUAGUUUAGCGUUAAUCCAUCGAACCCUACACUAUUACAGUUAUCAUUAAAACCAAUACUACAAUUAUUUUACUAUCGUGUUCCUCCUCCUCCUGUAACUCUUCGCCGGAGGUUCCGCCCAAGCGUACAAAACGUUAAGACUCUUUAGUGUUUCACGGCCAAGCAAGUCCAAGAUGUCGCGUUUUCUAGAAACCUUUUGACAUUCUAUUGUAUCUCAUAGUUAGUACACUAGAUUAUCGAAAACGCGAGUUGCAAAUAGAUGACAAAUUAUAACAUAAAGGACGAAAAAUAUGUUGUCGACAUAACUAAUUUUGCAUUCCAUAUAUAGAUUAAUAUUUAUAAUAAUAGAUUAAUUACUUAUUUGUUUACUAUAUAUACUCGUAUAUUAUAUAUAAGUCGAGUACUAAUGUUUAUUAAAAAUAUUUUGUUAAACGCAAGUAAAUG